CAACAAAGCAAAACAAAUCUCGAAGAAUGGGAGAAGUGAAGCCCACAACAUUCCCGUAGGAAAAAGAAAGCAAAUAAUGUCUAAAGGAGAAGAAGUGACGCCAAGCAGUGGAAAACGGCAGCGUUUCUCGAAAUAUGAAGACCACAAGCUUGAACGAAGGGAGGAAGAAGGCGACGAUGAAGAUGAAGGAAAUAGCGAGCUUCCUUUGAAGCCAGGGCUGUUGUAUUACCCGACAAUUCCGACUUCUUUCGUUGUUUCCGAUGCUCUUGAACCUGAUUUUCCCGUCAUUUAUGUCAACAAAGUCUUCGAGGUUUUCACCGGUUACCGAGCGGACGAAGUCCUUGGUCGCAACUGUCGUUUCUUACAGUAUAGAGACAGACGUGCUCAAAGACGGCACCCUUUGGUUGAUCCUUUUGUUGUUUCCGAGAUAAGAAGAUGUCUUGAGGAAGGUAUUGAAUUUGAAGGGGAGCUUCUGAAUUUCAGGAAGGAUGGCACUCCAUUGGUGAACAGGUUAAAACUUGCACCUAUACGUGAUGAUGAUGGAAUUGUUACACAUGUUAUCGGUAUUCAAGUUUAUUCCGAAGCAAAACUGGAUCUGAACCAUGUUUCAUAUCCGGUUUUCAAAGAGACUUGUAAGCAGCAGUUGGAUCAGUCAUCUAAAUGCUCUUAUUUGAGUGGAAAUCCACUGUUUAAUCAUCAUCAAGAAAUAUGUGGGAUACUCCAACUCUCUGAUGAAGUCUUGGCUUAUAACAUUUUAUCACGAUUGACACCAAGGGAUGUUGCUUCUAUUGGAUCUGUCUGCAGAAGGAUACGUCAACUAACUAAAAAUGAGCAUGUGAGGAAGAUGGUAUGUCAGAAUGCCUGGGGAAAGGAAGUCACUGGUACACUGGAUAUGAUGACUAGGAAGUUGGGGUGGGGACGUCUUGCCCGAGAACUGACCACUCUCGAGGCUGUUUGUUGGAGGAAACUGACUGUUGGAGGAGCAGUAGAGCCUUCUCGUUGCAACUUCAGUGCUUGUGCCGCAGGGAACCGUCUUGUGCUUUUUGGAGGGGAGGGAGUCGACAUGCAGCCAAUGAACGACACAUUUGUUCUCAAUCUUGAAGCUGCAAAUCCGGAGUGGCAACUGGUGAGUGUGGAAUCAUCUCCUCCUGGGCGCUGGGGCCACACUCUCUCGUGCCUGAAUGGUUCAUGGUUGGUGGUAUUCGGAGGAUGUGGAAGGCAAGGGUUGCUCAAUGAUGUUUUUGUUCUUGACUUGGAUGCCAAGCAACCUUCAUGGAGAGAAGUAUCUGGUGGAACCCCCCCUCUCCCCAGAUCUUGGCAUAGCUCGUGUACGGUCGAUGGUUCUAAGUUGGUUGUUUCUGGUGGGUGUACGGAUGCUGGAGUGCUUCUAAGUGACACAUACCUUCUGGAUCUCACUACUGAAAAACCAACAUGGAAAGAGAUUCCAUCGUCAUGGACACCUCCUUCUAGGUUAGGCCAUUCACUUUCGGUUUACAGUCGAACUAAAAUUCUUAUGUUCGGAGGGUUGGCAAAGAGUGGGAACUUGCAACUGCGAUCAGGUGAGGCCUACACUAUUGAUUUGGAGGAUGAAGAACCACAGUGGAGGCAACUAGACUGUAGUGCCUUCACCAGCGUCGGUAACCAAAAUGCCGUCAUACCUCCUCCUCGACUUGAUCACGUUGCAGUAAGCAUGCCUUGUGGGAGGAUAAUUAUAUUUGGUGGUUCAGUCGCUGGGUUGCACUCUCCUUCUCAGCUCUUCCUUCUUGAUCCUUCAGAGGAGAAACCACCAUGGAGGACACUGAAUGUUCCUGGGCAACCACCGAAAUUUGCUUGGGGUCAUGGUACGUGUGUGGUUGGAGGGACUAGGGUCAUGGUAUUAGGCGGACAGACGGGGGAGGAAUUGCUACUCAACGAACUGCACGAGUUGCGCUUAGCAAGCAGGCAGGACUUGGAUUCAUGAUUUAGAACUUAAAACUCAUGGGUCAUCACCAUUACCGAACACAACUGUAUGUGAGGUGAUUUCUUCCACAAUUUUUUACCAGACGCCUUCUACGUUUUGCCUUGUUUGGUCUUGGUGCAGAUUGUGUGCGUGUUUUUAAUGCCUGUGUAUAUUCCAUUUCAUUUUGAUUUUUAUAUUCAGUGUUUUCCGGAUACCAUUACAUAAAAGUUUUUAUGACGCUUUGUCUUUUUAGGCGCA